AGGCGUUAUCUACUACGUUGUUGAAGAGUUCCUCUUUUUACAACAAACUGCAUCUUAAGAAAGUCUGUCUACUUGACAACACACUGUUUUCAUCUUCACUUUGUUGAGCAAGUUGAUACACGAGCAACCACCCCCAACAUUUUCAAAAUGGCCAAGAAAUCCAAGGAUACCACCGUCGCGACCGCCGAGGUCCCGGUCGAAGCCGUUGCCGCCGUGGCGGAGAAGAAGAAAAAGAAGAAGAAAUCUUCCGAGGAAGCCGCUGUUGCCGAACCGGUUGUGACCAAGCGUGAGGCGGAGGAAGUUCCUGCUGCCGAGGAACCGGCGAAAAAGAAGAAGAAGAAGAACAAGGAGGCUACUGAAGCCGCGGUUGAGGAACAACCCAAGGCUGAAGAGCCGGCUGCCGAGGUCGUUUCCGAGAAGAAAAAGAAGAAGAAGUCCAAGACCGAAGAAGCUGCCCCGGUCGCUAUGGAAGUUGAUUCCGAGGAAAAGAAGGAGGAGGAAGCUCCGAAGAAAAAGAAGAAGUCCAAGAAGGAGGAAGAAGUCGCAGCUCCUGCUCCGGAACCGGUUGCUGUUGAGAAGAAGGAAGACUCCGAGUCCUCCACAUCCGCUGAUGAAGGCGAUGAUGAGAAGAAGUCCGAUGAAUCUCCGUCCGCCGAAGCUUCUCCUGCCGCGGAGGAGAAGAAGGAAGAUGACUCCGCUACAACUUCCACUGAGAAGGAGAACAAGUCGGUGAUCAUCUUCGGCCUUCCCUGGUCUGCCGAUGAGGAGACGGUUAAGAAGGAUUUUGAGGAGUGCGGCACCAUCGUCUCCUUCCGCAUGCCGCAGGACAAGGAAACUGGGCAGUACAAGGGCAUUGCGUUCGUCGAUUACGAAACCGCGGAGGGGAGUAAAAAAGCGUUAGAGUACAACGAGACGGAGUACGGCGGAAGAACCCUCCGUGUCCGCUACUGCGAGGACAACGGCGAUAAAGGGAAUGGCAAGAAAGGUAAGGACGGUAAAAAGGGGAAGGGAAAGGACGGUAAGGGCAAGAAGGGAAAGGGGAAAGAUUUCGUCCCCCAGGAAAAACCGGAAAAUUGCAAGUCGAUUAUGGUCAAGUACAUGAACUACGAGACCGUGGAGGAUUCCAUUCGCACGCACUUCGAGAACUGCGGGGGGAUUUCUAACAUCAAGAUCAUCAUGGACCGUGAGACCGGCGCUAGUCGUGGUAUGGCUUUUGUCGAUUUCGAAACGACGGAAGCGGUCGACGCGGCGAUUAAGGAUUGCAACAACACCGAGCUCGACGGGAAGAAGAUCGCGGUCGACUAUUCCGCUCCCCGCGAAGCGGGUGAUAAGGGUGGCAAGGGCGGUAAGAAGGGAAAGGACGGUAAGGGCAAGGGAAAGGGCAAAAAGGGAAAGAAGGGCUCGGAUCCGAUCAAGGCGGCCAACAACGGCUCCAUCCAGGAGGCGCAGGGAACCGUGAAGACCUUCGAUUCCGACUCCGAUUGAGCGAACAGUAGCUGCCUCCGGUUGUAUUUGGAGCGGGGAUAAAGUGCUUCGGAAGAGGUGCUUUAUUUCGAGAAGAAUUGUCACGAUCAAGAUACAUGCAUUCAACAUUUAAAGACAAGCGAUUUUAUUUCUACUUCACGCGGAUACGGAUUUACAACGGAUUUAUCAACUUACGACCACGAGGUUUUUACGAACAGCUUUUACGGAAUCUUAGCUCAUCAUCUUUCUCUCUUUACUACUUGCAACCCUGAAAUGUCCUCAAGCGCGCACCACCUCCGGUUUCCCUCUAGUACGUUGUGUUUGGCUGCCGUGAAAGAACAGCUGAAAGCUCAGCGUGCUAGAAGAACCGAUAUACCGAUUUUUAAUGGAAGAACGAAGGUGAUAUUUUGAAAACGAACACAGGCACACUAUUUUUAUCGCUCUAAGUACGACUUUAGGUGGAACACUGUCACGAACCGCUUGUUCUGUCACAAAAAAUAGUAAAAAAAGAAAAAGCAGUGACAAACAGGUGGUAUAGUACACAAAGCAAGAAGAGAAAGCUGCAGCGUUUUUACGUCGGCGUCAUAUUAGCGACGACGUACUAUGCUGCGGUCUUUUUCUUGACGCGAAGAUUGGGAAGGAUCAAAGGAAAGGCAGAAAUAAAAAACGCGGCUUUGUCGAGCUUCAGGUCUGGUUAGCACAUACAAUAGAUAGGGAUUCUUGCAGGCAAAAAAAGUUGGCGUUGAGUCGGAGGGCAAGUAGCUUCGCUGCUUGUCAGUUGGCAAAACAUGUUGGCGAAUAAGAUGUCAGGAACAUGAGCGGAAGCUCAAGUAAACUGUGUGCAGCUGUUGAAGACAUGCUUAUGUUGCUUGAUCUUCAAUUGAGAUGCAAGAAUAGGUUUGAUGUUGGCUGAUUCAGAUUUGGAAAGGCAAAGCAGAAUUUGUUGGCACAAGAAAGACUGCUUCACGCAGCAAGGUUGGCGAUAAAUAAGGAGUGAAAGGCUUUCGGGUCUGAUUUCCAGAACAGUUGGCAUCAAUGUUGGCAAAUUGAAGUGAGGCACGAGGCAGCGGAGAUAGAUUACGUUGGUACAUGAGCAUCAGCAUCGAGCUGGCUUUUAUGGCAUCGUUUGAUGACUAUACGAACAGGGAUUUAUUUUUCGAACUCGCUCCGCCAGAGCUAAUUUCGGAAAAAAAAACACCUUCGUUGCUAUCUUUAGGACCACUUUGUUACGAGCAGCUAGUUUUCUUUGUCUGGAGCCACGCAUAGUCUAACAAUCAACGCGCAAACUACACUUCU